UAGAACCGUAGGAUCGACAACUUAUGCGAAUGAAAGCAUGCACGCGCAGUUCUGUAUGGCUGCAGAAACCGGCAAGGGAAGGACUGCAGGUUUCAAGUCAGCGUUUUAUGAUUUAGCAAACUCUGAAUGAAGCAGUCUUUGUCUGUUAAUCUUGAAGUAUGUGAAAAAGUCAAAAGAGACGCUAUUUUCAUUCUUUGGUCUUUUUCAAGCAGUGCUGUUUGUAUAUGUUUAUAUGUGUCAACCUGGCUUCAUUGUAACAACAAUUACGGCGCAGUCAGAAUAACAGUGGAUUGAGAUGCUACAAUGUUUCGGGGACAAUUGCAUGAAUUCGUCUUUUGGUGUAUUUUGGCGACGGUCGGGCUCUUGGUGACAGUGCCCGGUGUAGGAACCUAUACUUGCCAUGAGGUACAAACGGCUUUCCAGAUGCGCCAGAUUGGCCCUUGGAAAUUGGUGCCCGAAACACCCGAAACAGAUGUGGACCUGCAGGUCUGCAAACACCAGGGUCCCACAUGCUGUACCCGCAAGAUGGAGGAAAGCUACCAGGCCGCGGUGCGCAGAGACAUCUCGCAGCACAUCCGAUCGUACACCUUGGACCCGAUGCUCCUCCUGAUUAGGCAUGGCACCAACCUCCAGGAUAUCCUUGAGUCCUUGAUCUCCUUCUCCAUUGGCUUCACCGGCUCCCUGUUCGACAGAUCGCUGGCUGAUGUGCAACCCCUCAUCUCCCAGCUCUUUGGCAACCUCUCCCUCUAUGUCCUGGGUGGCAAUGUCACAGUGGACUCUGCCGUGCAGCAUUUCUAUGACAACCUCUUCCCCUUUGUUUACCUUCGGAUGUUGACUCAGGGUCCCGAAUUACCGGAGGGGGAGUGGACCCAGUGUUUGAGAGCCACAAGGAGGAUGGUGGAGCCAUUCGGGCCGUACCCGGAGGAGCUGGUCAAAGAACUGUCGGGCUCGCUUCUGGCAGGCCGGGCUAUGAAGCGGGCUAUGGCCGAGGGAGCUGAGGUUCUGACCACCACAGAGAAAAUGCUGCUGUCUCGGGACUGUGAACGCGCGCUAUUGCGCAUGAUGUACUGCCCUCACUGCCGCGGCCUCACACUCAUCCAGCCCUGCGAGGGCUACUGCCUCAAUGUGCUGCGCGGCUGCCUAGCUGACGUCUCGGAGUUAGACGACCCCUGGAGGCGAUACCUGACCGUGCUGAAAGUGCUCAGCGGUGCCAUGGCUGGAGACCACGACCUCGAACUUGCACUUCUGGGUGUCCGCAAGCAAAUCAGGGAGGCCAUCUUGCACGCCAAUCUGCACGCUUCCAACAUCUCUGCCGCAGUAGAAAUGAUGUGUGGGCAGCCCAAAGAGACAGCUACUGGCGAGUAUUCCUCCCCCGAGACAUCGACCUCCCCCAGCUUGUCCACUCCCCUGCCCUCGAGUUGGCCAACAAAUGAAACUGAGCCUUUCGUGUCCCAGCUCAGCACCCUCCUGAGCUCCCCCCCACCGUCCCCCAAGCGUCUCACCGUCCCCAGUUCCCUACCUCUGAAACCCUCCAAGAACGAUAAACAUAAAAAUAUGAAAAAGUUGUCUAGGGAUUUCAGCCGACGCGUCCAGCGCUACAAAACCAUAUUCAGCACCCUGCCUGAGGUGCUGUGUCAGGAAGUGGCUGCAGUUGAUGCUUUUUCCUGCUGGAAUGGCGCUGACGUGGUGGACAGUUACACAGGUCAUGUGGUUGGCAACGGAUUGCAGGCCCAGAAGCUGAACCCCGAGGUCAAGGUGAGGCAUGCUGACCCUACCCUGGCAGAAGCCAAGACAAAGCUAGAGAACUUCAUUCAGGAGGUGUGGGAUACUACGCCCGGACUGUAUUCCGUCUGGUCCUGGGCCGAGCUGAGCAGUGGAGGUACAGAGGGCAGUGCUGAGUGUGAUGAUGAAGAUGGCUGCCAGGGCUCUGGAGAGGGGGCCUCCAAGAACCCUGAAAAUGAGAAGACUGACACCUCUCAGGAUGGUGUCUACGAUGGAAAGAAAGUCCUCCCCAAAACACCCCCCACUGUCCACCCACGGAAGGACAGGCCAAGGAACACUGGCUGCACCCUGGCUACCAGCCUCACCCUACUGGCCACCACCUCAUUCCUGCUGGGGCUGCAGUGGUAUCUUAUGUGAUGGUGACCCCCCCCUGCCACCCCAGAGCAUGUCUCAUUCAAGCUUGCUCUUUCUCAAACAUACACAGGUGGCGUACUGCGGGAACUAAGAGAGGGAGGGGGAGUUGGAGGCAGAUCGGAAGGAGGGAGAGGGUGGGGGUGGGGGUAGUACCCCCUUGGGAUGGAUGCCGGGUCACGCUGAGGCACGGACCGCGAGGUCGGCUCUUUCUUCUGCACCCCUGUUAGACAUCACAGUCUCGCUUCCUCAGGCAGGCUUCACACCUUCUUCUGUUUGCCCUAAGCUCCUGUACAUGAAUUCCUUGUUGUGACGUGCUUUUAGGUACAUAUGCAUAAAUACUAGCACACAAAGCAAAACAACCUUACUGCUCAACAUUAGCAGUGCGUUAUUCUCAAAUAUUUCCAAGUUACAUGCACACACAGACAUGAUUUGCACAUUUGCGUGAGAUAACUCUCAGUCAGGCAGAGGGACGGAUUCAUAAUUACUGGCUCCAAGUACCUCCAAAAAAAUUCCUUGUUCCAGCCACUGGGGGUUGGUUGUUUUGUGAUGCCACCAAGUAUAAAACUUAUUAAAUAAAUAUUGAAGCAUUGUUUGGCUCCCCCUUACUCCUGCUCUGGCCGGGAAGCCACUUACUGUUAAAGCUUUAAUACCCAGCUUUCCCCAAAGCCAGGAAGGUGGUUAGCAAUCUGAGCUUAGGGAGAGGAAAGACACCCUCUCCUGCCUUGCUGUCAAAGUCCAAGCGCACAAGUGACCCUGCACACCUUCUUCGAAGGCUGACAUCAUGCUGCUCUCUACUUAUCUUCUGCACAUCUCUUUUGUACAGAAUUACAUGUUUAUUACUUACGACUAAACAGUGUCGUAGCACCCGAGGCUAAAACGGGAACCAAGGAAUGCAGUCGAUUUGAACUUCCUGAUUGCCGACUUUUUUACAAAUGCAAAAUUCAAGGUGGCUGACAGCAGCAGUUCAGGAAAGAAAUGAACUGUAUGCACUCCAGAGCCGUCUUAUACUUAACUCAGCCCUUCCAAAGCACUCUGGAAGGUCGUGUGGGACACCCAGUGUGAUGUCAAAGAUAUAUCAUAACAUGUGAUUAAUCAUAUAAUUCAAUAGGCAGGAUUUAACAGUCAUGGACCUUGAGGAUGCAGUGUUUCUGUGUUUAUUGUCACAUGUAAAUUUUUCUUAAGAAAAAAAAACAUAUCCUCUUCAGACCUGUAAGCGUUUGAUUAAUGUGUUUUAGUUGUUAUUCCCUCUCUUGUAAAUUGCACAGAAGCUUGCUAAUAUAAUUGCCGUUAUUUUUUUCUCUCUUAUGGAUGGGGGGAGGUUUGGGUGGAACAGAUGAAUGGACUGGUAACUGCUUCCUGUUUCAGGAACCUGAGAAGGCUUCAGUAGAGUUUGGGUUCAGUCAUUACCAAUCAGCAAUCGCUACAGCUGUACCAUCAGUAAAUCCCUUAAUGCGUAACUAAAUACAGUGAAUCAACCUUCUAAUCGUUUAAUUGGAUUUUAACUCACAUUUCUCCUUUAGCCAAUUAUAAUGCAGCAAAGUUGUAAAUAGCACCAAACUAUAUAAUUAUCAAUUGAUUGUUUUAUGGAUCUGAAAUGUUCGUCAUACCUUGCAUUUAUAACAGUAAAGCAAAACUAUUAUUAGUAGUGAUUUUGAAUUGUAUUUGUGCUUGUUUUGACAGCAGCGGUGAAUAUUUCUGCCAACUAGACCAUCUUAAGCAAGAGACGUAUGUUCUGAUAUAGUUUUGUACAUGUUUAUGCAUCACUGUAAACCCAGAUGAAUCUUACUUGCUGCCUGAGAAUUACACAAAAGUAUAAUAGGGCUUUUGUUGUCUAAUAUACAUAUUUUUAUAUUUGUGAAUAUUUGUGUGCCUUAUGCGUGCAUGUGUUUUUUAAUGCGAUGCUUUUUGGAUGUUUUUGUUUGGUGUCUGACCUGUGAAAUUGAACAAAGGAAAUGCGUGAAUGGUUGGUCUGACCAGUGGGGGGUGGCAUACCUGCGAAGGUAUCUGUAUGUUUUUGUGUGGGUGUACUUUUCAAUUAUGCUUGGGUGGGAAGUGUGUAUAUGUAACCCCUUCAACUACCCUUAACACUGUUUACAGAAACAGUUUUCCCUCUCUGGAAAAGCUCAGCUAUCUUGUCGGACUCAGAGUCGCUCCGGUCGGCCCUGUUCUUCUUGCCAGCGUGGCUUUGCCUAGAACAAGCCUGUUACACUGUUGUAACACAUCACAGAAGGCCCAGCCCAGCUCUACGUUUCGAGUGGCCGGCAGGUCUGAAGUCCUCUCAAAGCUCAAAGCUCUUUCUGUCUGAAGCACCCGUAACCUAUGCACGUCUUUUUUCACCACAUGUAUUUUUAAGCACAGAGAUGAAAUUGUCAGUCUUGUGCAAGAUGAGCUUUUGCAGAUCGCUAGCGACAUUCGGCCAUUUUUUUAUUUACUCAGACAAGAGAGGAACCUCGAGGCUCUGAGAACUAAGUGUCAUCAAGUAUCAGCAGAGAAUGGGACUGGUCAUGAAAUGGUUUAGCAGUCUCUAGGGGGAAAUGAUACCUGGAGAUCAUCGAUAACUGAUGCAGGAUGAUCAUAACUGAUGAAGGAGUGGCAGUGAGUAAAGGGCGGGUCAAUGAUUAAAGGGGUGGGCCAUCAGGACUUGACUGACAGGAAUGAAGCCAUAUGACAUGAGGAAAGGCCACCAGACUACUGCGGCUAACCUGUACUGCAUUUCCCAGAUGUCUCAUGCUGUUGUUAAUGCUUCAUUUAGAUGACCUGCUCUUUGCUCAUUGGUGUGUUGAAUGGGGGAGGGGUGGCAAUGUUUGUAACAUUAGCCAAUAGCAAACGUCUGGCUGUGUGUCUGAUCUAUAGGUCUCCUCUCAGCUUGGUGUAUGAAACAUUUAUUUAUACUGACAUUUCAAUAAAUGUACAAGAACUUGCCGGGCAA